CCCACCUAUUAAGCCGCCCUCUUUUACGGCCGUGUCUGUACGGUGAGGUCGCGCACUGUCUAGCUGCCGGUAUAUCUUACUUCCAACGCAAGAUGUCGGGAAACAAGGAGCGUACCUUCAUCAUGAUCAAGCCCGACGGUGUCCAGCGUGGACUCGUCGGCGAAAUAAUCAAGCGUUUUGAGCAGAAAGGAUUUAAGCUGGUGGCAAUGAAGUUCAUGCAGUCAUCGGUGGACCACCUGAAGCUGCACUAUGCCGACCUCUCGGAGAAACCCUUCUUCAAUGGCCUGGUCAAGUACAUGGCCAGCGGGCCGCUGGUACCCAUGGUCUGGGAGGGCCUGGACGCCGUCAAGACGGGCCGCGUCAUGCUGGGCGAGACCAAGCCCCAGGACUCCAAGCCGGGCACCAUCCGCGGCGACUACGCCGUCCAGGUCGGCCGCAACAUCGUGCACGGCUCCGACUCGGUCAAGUCGGCGGAGAAGGAGAUUGACCUGUGGUUCAAGCCGGAGGAGCUGACCAACUGGACGUCUGCCUCCCACAGCUGGGUCUACGAAGACUAAGCAGCACUCUACCGCCACCUAUCGGCACCCCGCCAGCGCCACCUCGCGGACAAACAUUUUGAUGCAGGCUGGACCUGGAGGUGUAGGACUAGGCAGUUAAUUGCAGUCGUCACCUUGUGAUUUAUGCUUUUUGCUCUUGUGUUUACUUUGACAACAAUGUCUUACACCCUAGGGGCCAAUAUACUGCUCGAAUCAG